CAAAUUUUCUUUCUAUGAACCUACCAAAAAUUGUUAUGGAAAGAAACUUCAAUUGACAGUAGAGAAGCACAAAUAGUGAAAGAAUCCAUCAAUGCCUUCACCUCUUCCUCCUGAACCGGUUGCUUUCAACUAUGGUUGUGAUGCAAAUCAUGAUAUCCCUCUUGCUACAGUUACUAGACCCACUAAGGAAUUGCAGAGGAAAGAUAGGGAGAUUGGCCAUGGAAGUUGAAUUUAACCGAUAGUAAGAGCAUAGGAAGUGUAAGCAAAAUAGAGGCUUUAGAAAGAGGUAACUUGCAUUUGGUGUUAUGUUUUGUUGAUUACUCAUCAUAUCCAUGUCGUGGCCUGUUUCUGUUGCCUUUGAUGGUCUAUUAGCCUUUCAUUCAUGCCAUGACAGUCUAGAAUUUUUGAUUUUUUGUUUUGCAGAUUCGCCAUCAUUUGCCUCAAUUGUUCAUAAUGAUAUACUGAUUUAUCUAGAAAAGUCGAUGUACAUUGCCUUUUCAUCAUUCUUAGGAUUGGUUCUGUGCUUUUUCUGGAAUGCCACAGCUGCUACUGCUGCAUACGUCAAAGGGGAAGGAUGGAAGCCAAGCGGUAAUGAGACUGCUUCAGUGAAUACCUGUACAAUCCAAGAAGCAUCAUACUGGGGAAUUGGAUCUAGUCUUGCCAUCAUGGAGAUAGUUUGCAACAUCUUACAAGAACUGAAGAUCAACAACCAUCACAAUUUUGAACAUUAUUCAAUUGUCAGAAGAUUAGGAAAGAUGCUCAUAUCUAUUUAUGGUGAAUGGAAGGGCAAACUCUUGGCAGCGAAUAGAGAUCUUAUCUUGAAAAUUUUGUUGAUUGUGUUCACUGGUGCAUACUUGCCGGGACUAAAUGAUACAUGGAAUGAUAUUUUGUACGCAUAUUUGUUGAACGGUUGUGAAAAUCUUGGUGAUCUGAACCUCCUUGGAAAUUAAGUAGGUAAAAUCAAGGUAUUGAUAAAACAAAGAAUGAGUCUUCAGUUCCAAAUCAAUUUGCUGCUAAGCA